AUGACCUCUUACACGGACCGCCGUCCUUCGAUAGUCGAACGCAGACCUUCUUCGGUCUCGGCCUUCUCUUCGAGAAGACCUUCAGUGAUCCCGGAACUCCAGGGGAUCGAAAAACCCAACAUGGAGUCGUUGCCGGAUGACCUCGAAUGCGACGUUCUAAUCUGCGGAACAGGGCUCAUUGAGAGCAUUUUGGCGGCUGCGUUGUCGUGGCAGGGAAGCAAGGUGCUCCACAUCGAUUCGAACCAGUACUAUGGCGACAACUCGGCUACGCUGACGAUAGAGCAGAUCAAGAGCUGGUUCAUCAACUCGAAGAUGCAGCAGACCGGGUUCAAGAACUACAAAAACAUCAAGCUCGACAUCAACGACCACGACUUCAAGAUCGUCUCCAGAGAUUACGGCAUCGACCUAUCUCCGAAGAUCCUAUUCACCAAGUCAAACCUCUUGAGCUUGCUCAUCAAAUCCAGAGUAUACCACUACUUGGAAUUCCAGAGCUUGAGCGACUUCCACACGUUUGAAGACAACUCCUUUGGCAAGUUGGUGAGCUCGAAAGAGGACAUUUUCACCGACGAGUCGCUCAAUCUCUUGGCGAAGAGGAAAUUAAUGAAGUUUCUCAAAUUCAUAGUUGGUGAUGACUACUUGGCGGCUAUCAAGGAGGAAGACAAGGUGCUCACUUUGAAAGAAUACCUCUCGAAGACUUUCAAACUGGAGGACAAGUUUUCCAACGAGCUCAUAUACACGUUGGGCUUGGUCAACAACCCAAAUAUCGACACCAUCAGCGGGCUAGAAAGAAUUAGAAGAUACCUUCUGUCUUUGAACGUCUACGGGAACUUUCCAACGGUGUACUCGAAGUUUGGAGGGCCGGGGGAAAUUUCUCAAGGGUUUUGUAGAUCUGCUGCAGUUGCUGGUACAAUCUAUAAGUUGAAUACAAAAUUGGUCGACUAUGAUGCUGAGUCGAAGGUUGCCAACUUGAACGACGGCUCCAAAAUCAAAAUCAACGAAAGAGUCGUCUCUUCCUUGAACCAAUCGAAGGAGAAGUUGGAGUCUUUGGGAAAGAAAUUGCACGAGAUCUCAAGAAUGGUCAUCAUUGUCGACAAACCAUGUUGCGAGUGGUUCAACGAGGGAGAAUCGGCUUCGGUUGUCGUUUUCCCUCCUAAAUCCUUAAACUCGAACAACGAAUACCCGGUAGAAUGUUUGAUAAUGGGUGCUGGAACAGGCUGCUGUCCGGACGGCAAAUGCAUCUGGUACUUGCACACCAUUGCUCCCACAACAAACUCAGUUGCGGAGCACGACUUGAACUGCGCACUGAAGAAGAUGGAAGAGAGUAUUCUCAGAGAGAGUAACUUCGAUUUUGAAGACUUUGACGAGGGAGACCUGACGAUGGUGAACGAAAACAAAUUGGGCUUGACGCCUUCGGGCACCCUCAAGUUGAGUCAGAGCCUGCAGAAUUUCAAAGCCAAGGAGAAGUUGCGGUACGUGAUGAAGUUAGAGUUUACGCAGUUGACCAUUGUGGACCAAGCCGAAUCUUUUAGAGGAUACGGUUAUAGCGACGAGAUUGCCACGACCAAGGACGGGAUAAUAAUCUCCAAUAUGCCCUCUAGCGAACUAUCCUACGAUGGGAUCAUCGAGGAGGCAAAGAAACUCUACAGGGAAAUUGUCGGAGAUGAUGUCGACUUUUUUGACGUCGACUUCGAGGACGACGAGGACGAGAAAGAGAUGAACGACUUCAAUAACAUGAAGACAGCGAUGGAUAUGGAUAUGGAAAUGGACGAUAACGAACAAGCUAUUCUUGACGAAUCCGAGGAGGGUCAAUCGGGCGACUUGGAGUUCGAGCUCUAA